UAGUAGUGUGAAGUGUGAACAAUUUCUUGGUCUUGUACCAAAUGGCUCAAACUGGCACGAUUAAGGUUCUCGAUAGCAGUCAUGUUUCGCCGCCUCCGAGCUCAGUUCCGACAACCUCUCUCCCUCUCACUCACUUUGAUCUGCCAUGGUUUCCUUGUUAUAUAGAACGCCUUUUCUUCUAUAAAUUCUCUCACCCUACUUUGCACUUCAUGGAAACCACUCUCCCAAUGCUAAAAUGCUCUCUCUCCCUAACUCUCCAACAUUUCUUCCCUUACGCCGCCAAUAUCAUGUGCCCUCAACCACCCGGUAAGCCUUAUAUCCAUUACAUAGAUGGUGACUUUGUCACCUUCACGGUUGCUGAAUCUGCUGCAGAUUUCAACCAUGUCAAAGCCAAUUAUCCGCGAGAUAUUAAAUUGUUACGCCCCUUUGUACCUCAGCUGCCACCGGCACGUGUAGCCGAAGAUGGCAUUCGGGUGUGCCCCAUCACAGCGUUUCAAGUCACUGUGUUUCCCAACUCUGGCAUUUGCAUCGGGUCAACUUAUUGGCAUGUAGUUGGUGAUGGGAAGUCGUUCAUGCAUUUUAUGAGGUCUUGGACGGCUGUUUGUAGGUCCGGCGGUGACUUAACCUGUCUUGAAAAUUCACUUCCUUUGAUUAACAAGGACGUGAUCAAGGAUCCUGGUGGCAUAGAGUUGGUUCGGUUGAAAAAUUACUGGCACUGGGUAUCAUUCUCUAAUGAGAAUUCUGGCCCAACCCAUGCUAUAGCCGAAGACAAGGUUCGAGCCACAUUUGUGUUGGGUCGAGCCCAUGCCGAGAGACUAAAGCAUUUGGUCACGGGACAGUGCAGGGAUGGUGUCGAGUCAGAGCAAUUGCACAUAUCAACGUUUGUGGUGACAUGUGCCUUCAUAUGGGUUUGUCUGAUUAAAUCAAAGGACAGUGCUACUAACAAUUUAUCACGUGAUGAUGAUGAUAAGUUUUACUUCUUGCUUUUUCCAUUUGAUUGCCGGAACCGCUUGGAAUUUCCGGUACCACCAACAUACUUUGGGAAUUGUUUAAGACCGGGCGUUGUUGAUGUUACUAAAAGUGAGCUAAUAGGAGAAAAUGGAAUUCUUUUGGCUUCGAAAGUUAUUGGAAACAAAAUUAAAGAAAUGGAGAGAAGUGGUUUGAGAGGUGCAGAGCACUGGAUAUCAAGUCUUGUGGAACGAAUGAAAUCAAGGCGUCUUACUGCAGUUGCUGGAUCACCAAAAUUCCAUGUCUAUGAUACGGAUUUUGGGUGGGGCAGGCCUUGUAAGGUUGAGCUUACUCACAUAGAUUAUGAUGGAGCUAUAUCUCUGGCAGAGUGCAAGGAUGAGCCAGGUGGAAUUGAGGUUGGGUUAGCUUUGAACAAGAAUCAAAUGGAUGAAUUCAUUACUAUUUUUGAGCAAAGUUUGAAGCUCCUUUGAUUUGAGUUUUUAUAGUCAUAUUAGUUCACCUUCCAAACCUGUUGGAUGUUAAGUGCUCUGUUUAUGACUUUUGUUAAGGCAAGCAUAUAUAUCAUUGUAAUGGAAUAAUGUGUGUGAAAAUGUGUGAAUCUUGAAUCAACUUUUUUUGUUUAGGUAUCA